CUCGCAGCGAGCAUGGAUGCGACAGACGAGGACGAGCUAGUAAUAGGAUGCCUGUACCAUCCGUCUCCCCGAUCCACAUCGUUAAGAAAGCCUGGGAAAGGAUCGCACCGCUGCAGCUGGCAGAAAGGAGCUGGGACAAUGUCGGCAUCAUGAUGGAGUCGCCCGUGUAUCAUUCACAUCAUCGUCAACUCUUGCUCACCAUUGAUCUCACCACGGAUGUCUGUGAAGAAGCUCUGUCGCUGCCGUCAUGCUCAGUGGUGAUCACCUAUCAUCCUCCUAUCUUUGCUGGUCUCAAGUCUCUGACUCUCUCUGAACCGCUUCAAGCAUCUCUACUCCGACUCAGCGCGAAAGGGAUCAGCGUGUUCUCUCCUCAUACGUCGCUUGAUGCAACUCCCAAGGGAAUCAAUACCUGGCUCGUCAAGCCUUUCGCAGACAUGAUAACGUCCUCGGAGCCGGUCACAACGUCAGCAACUCUCGAAGGAUUCGAAGGUGCUGGUAUGGGAAGAAUCAUCAGACUUAGUGAAAGCUUGCCUGUCAAUCAAGUGGUGGAUAUGGUGAAACAGCACCUCGGCUUGAAAUACGUUCAGCUGGCCUCACCCAAGGAUAACAAGCCAGUCUCUUCAAUAGCGGUUUGCGCAGGAUCAGGCGCCAGUCUGCUCAAGAAUGUCGACGCAGACCUGCUGUUGACUGGGGAGAUGCAGCAUCACGAAGUGUUGGCUGCAAGAGCGAAGGGCAGGCACGUCAUCCUGUGUAAUCAUUCCAACACGGAAAGACCAUUUCUCAGCCAAGUGUUACAGCCGUGGCUCAAGUCGGAGCUCGACGCCGAGAAAGAGGGCGAGUGGGAGGUGCUCGUCUCGCGGACGGACGCGGAUCCGUUAAACACGGUCUAGCCAGUUUAAAAUCCUGCAGCGACUC